AUGGACCCUGCUAAGCCCAAGAAAGCAUGCUACCACUGCAUGAAGCAGAGGAUCAAGUGCGAUCUUACACUGCCCAAGUGCCUGAAAUGCGCCAAGAAGGGGUUGGAAUGCCCUGGAUAUGGUAUCAGAUAUCGUUUCUACGAUGAUAACACUACCGUGCUCUCCGAGAAAUCACACCAAGCUGCAUCUAUUACACCGGCAAGAGACUGGAAGUGGGUGGACGAUACGAGGCGGAAAAGAGCUCGAGUCCAACGGCAAAGCGUCUCCGAUACUGCAGGCUCGACGUCCACCGAGCUUGAGCACCAAGACACGAUUGCAUCUCAAAUUCUGCCUGCCACAGAACUGACUCUCGUAGCAAGGAGCCACUAUACCCAUAUCUCGCAAAUACAUCAGGAUGCAGACUACUUAGAUCCAAACCAUUCGGGAGGCGAACUCGCCCCCCCUGCGCCUGCGAGGCCAUUGUGCAAUCUACACCCCAAGAUGCGCUUGUUUUUCCACCACUUUAUGCUGAUGUAUGAUGACGAGGGCAAUGGCUACCGGCACCAAAUUCUUCCUCUGGCCACCUCAGAUCCGAUGGUUGCGCGCGCGGUCUGCGUGGUGGCAGCGUUCCAUCUGUCUUGGUGGAUGCCGCAACUGCGCUUGCCGGCUGAGAGCUGUCGAGCGGCCAUCAUUAGUAGAUUGACGGCAUCGUCAUUUGAUUUGAACGACCAAACCUGGGCGACUAUCAUCUUGCUCAUCAUGGCAGACCUCGUCACCGGCCAUGAGCAUGCGAUCGUGCUGUACAAGAUGCUUGCUGCGUUCUUGGAUGCCCGGACACAAGUCAAAUCCCAGGGCGAAUCGAGCCGAGCUUCGCAAUUGGAAGGUUUCCUGCAUUACCAGUCCCAGAUGCUAUCGUUUUUUGCAAACCCCGUCCUGAGUGAGUCCAAAGCACUUACGGGGUAUGGCCAAGUCUUGGGUAAUCCUCUCGAAAGCUUUGAACAAUACGCUCCCAGGCGCCGUCACGCCCUUGAGCAGUACCCGCCGGCAUAUGAUGAAGCACAGAGCCCUCGGCACUCGCUGGGCGACUCUACAACCCAGCUCUACGGAGAGAUUGUUCGCGAAGCCACCCAGAUUUACAUACAUAGAGCGCGGAUAGAAGAAGAGGCCAGAAACUCAAAGUCACAGAGCACCACCACCACUCCACAGGUACAAGUUGAACACAAUCUAGUUUCAACCACUGCAAUCCCCACAACGUCUUGUCGAAUAGCUCGUAUGCGGCGUCUCCUCGAACAAGUCGACCCCUCUUCGCCAGGCGCUCACACAAUUGCCUGGCCGGCAUUUAUGGCCGCCUCUGAAGCAAGCAAGGAGGAGGAUCGCCAGUUUUUCUGUGCUACCUUGGAGCGGGUCUGGGCUUCGACUCGGUAUGCGAACGUUUUGAGAGGCCUCAACGCGCUGCCUAUGAUUUGGGAGAGACAGAGGCAUGGUGAGAGGUGGACUACUGUCUUGCCUCAGCUUAAGACUUUUGUUAUGUGA